UUUGAUAUUUCUAUUUUUAGAACGUCAGCCUAUGGAAGCAAUGUUCCAGGGAACACAGUUUUUAACCUAUGACCUCACACGACGUGGUGACUCAUUCUUCAGUAGUAAUGAUGAGCUGAGUAUGCACUUUAAGACAACAGAGAUGAAUGGACUCCUCUUCUAUACAGGUGAAGACAAUGAUUACAUGAAGGUGUCACUGUUGAACGGAGCUAUACAUGUAGAUAUAAGCCUGGGGUCUGGACCUUUCAACAAGAGGGUAGACAUGGGCGGGUACAAACUAGAUGAUGGUCAGUGGCACGAGAUUGUUGUGUCCAGAAACUCUAGACAGCUGACCUACGGCCGUACAUUUUGUGAUAUCGACAUAAAGGUUGACGGUAUAUCUCGAGCUAAAGGUUCUACAAUGGGCGAGUUUACGAAGUUGUCUUCGAAUAUUCUGUUUGUGGGAGGUAGCCCAAACCCUCGGGAACUCCUCGGAUCAAAUGUCAGGUCAAACUUCAGGGGAUGUAUGAAAAAGGUUGAGUACAAAGCUGACAGUGUAAACCUCCAACUCGUUGAGAUGGCAAACAAAGACAAUAACCUUAUCUCAGUGGUAGGAGAUGUUGUCUUUGGUAAAUGUGAGGAGGUGAUUGACUCCCAGCCAGUAACAUACACCACUCCAGACUCUUUCAUUGCACUGCCACGAUGGGAUGUGAAAAAGAACAGUGGGACAAUAUCUUUCCAGUUUCGAACAACUGAACCAAAUGGUUUAGUCAUGUAUAACAGUGGCACAUAUGGCUCUAGUAAUUUUGAUUUCUUUGCUUUGGAAAUUAUUGACAGUUAUUUCUAUCUGGUCAUGGAUUUAGGGACAGGAGCAAUAAAAGAAAAAGUGUCUUGGACAGCCGUGGAUGAUGGGGCACCACAUAAUGUACACUUCAGAUACCAGGGAAAAACUGGGUUUAUUCGAGUAGAUGCCCAUGAAACAGAUUAUUCCACUCCAGGAAUGGGGAAACAAUUAGAUCUGGAAGACAUGCUUUUCAUUGGUGGAUUAAAUUUUGAAAGAUACAAUUCUUACAGAUUGCCUAAAGAGUUGUGGUCAGGAAUUCUAAAACAUGGAUUUGUUGGUUGUAUACAAGACAUGGUGAUAAAUGAUGAGAAGGUAGAUUUAAUGACCGUUGCUAGGAAACAGUUACAGCGGGACAUUAAAAGUGAUUGUAAGAAGAGUGAUGCCAUGUGUUCAAGCCAGCCUUGUCUACAUAGUGGCACGUGCACCGAGGGGUGGAACAGAUUUGUCUGUGACUGUACUAACACUUCUUAUAAAGGCAAAAACUGUAAAAAUGCUGUUGCUACAAUAUCAUUCAGUGAAGCCCAGUAUGUAAUGGUGACACUUCCACAAGAGUCGUACACUGAGGCGGAGGAUAUUUCUCUACGAUUCCGAACUGUUAGAUCUAGUGGUCUACUACUUGUAACAUCUUCUUCAACCUCUGAAGAUGCCAUAGAGUUGUAUCUAGAGAGAGGUGCAUGUAAACUUUCCAUCAGUCUUGGAAGAGGAACUAAGACAUUAUCUGUUGGACAUGCAUUAAAUGAUGACCAGUGGCAUACAGUAUAUGUAAAGAGGAGAGGACAAAACAUUGAGUUCAAGAUUGAUAACAGUCGUCCUGUCAAAGAUGUUUAUCCUUAUACUGCAACAACUGUACGAGUUAAGCAGAUUGUUCUUGGAUCUAUGGGACCUUUAUUAUCGGAUUUUACUGUACAAUCGAGAACUUCACCACUACAUUCGGGAGUGAUCAACGGAGCGCAGAAUGAUGCUCCUAUACGACAGCACCAGUGGUUUGUGGGGGCCAUGCAGCAGUUUGUUUAUAAUGGCAAUCAUUUCUUUGACAUGGCUAGGGAGAAGGAUGCUGAAUAUAUAGAGAAUAUAGACUUUACUGCCAGGUUUGAUGAUGGAAGCCUUGAGGUUCACAAUGCUGUCACGUUUGAAUCUCAAGAAGCCUACGUCACCUUGCCACAUCAACUUCUCAAAUCAAACAGUCUUCAUUUCUCCUUCAACUUCAAGUUUAAAACCAAACAACAGGAUGGACUCAUCAUGUUUUCUGGCCUAGGACCUGACUUUUUAGCUAUAGAAUUAUAUCAGGGCUUUUUGAAUUAUAUUUAUGAUAUGGGUGGAGGCACUAAACGUAUUUUGGUGAAUACACCUGAAGCAUUAAAUGACAACAAAUGGCAUGAGGUAUCACUGUUCCGUCCAGUGAUGGACCAGCAACAGAUACGUGUUGACAAUAACCCGGCAACUGUUGAAGAUAUGAAGGGAUAUUCUGCCCGCCAUUUUGAUUUAAAGGGACCAUUAUACAUCGGAGGUUUGAUAAAGUCUCGAUUCUUCUCCCUCUCGGUGAAGAUAUUAUCGCGGAAUGGAUUUCUUGGAUGUAUCGCAUCUUUUGAUGUAAAUGGGGAAAAUAUUGAUAUCCUGGAAGCGGCUACAUCCGUGGAGCAGACGUCAUCUCAUUCCGUCAUCCGAGGAUGUUCAGAUUUAGGUACAGAGUUGAGUUGCCAGGCAACAUCAUGCUAUAAUGGAGGAAGAUGUGAAUCUCAAUAUAACUCGUUCCAGUGUAACUGUGACAUGACAUCUUUUACAGGACCACACUGUGCUGAUGAGAGUGUCACUUACCAAUUUGGUCUUGGUAAGGGACUGGUUGUGUUCGAGUACCCGGAGGAUGCCCGCCCGAGCACCAAGACGGACUACCUGGCACUGGGUAUCACUACCAUACAAACAAGUCAGGCAAAGAUCCUGAGGAUAGACAGUGCUGAUACUGAUGAUAAUAUUGAAGUGGAAUUGGUAAAUGGCAAUAUAUUUAUGGUGUACAAUAUGGGUCAAGCAAGUAUCCCCGUGGUAACAUUGCAGCAGAAGGUGAAUGACGGGAAGUAUCAUGUGAUUCGUUUCCACCGGUCAGGAACUGACGCCGUCUUGGAAGUUGAUUGGGAAAGACAGGACAAAAACCCAGUUGGUCACAAGAUGAAUGUGUUCAACAGCCAGGCUAGAAUCAUGAUUGGUGGCAGGAAGAACAGCCAAGGUGAAAUCACAAAUGCAUUCCAAGGAACUAUUUCUGGUGUUGUAUUUAAUGGUUUGAGGAUUUUGGACUUACUGAAGGAAAGAGACCCAAGAAUUUCAUCAGAAGGAAAUGUCACCCUUGUACAUCCUUCAUCACCAAUCCUGCCUCCAGAACCUGUAGAAAUAGCAAAUCCAGGGGUGCAGUCAACUCAAGGGGUGAAGAAAGAAAUUUUCAAGAGGUCAAUAGGGAAAGAGAAUUCUGCAAGACGGAAGCAGAAAACGUCAAACAAACGUUCAUCUAGAUUUUAUCUGCGACGUAAAAAUAUGAUAAAUCAGCAACAAGAAUUUGAUGAGGAACUUGCAAGCCAUGAAAACAUGAUUGUGCAACAAAAACGUACCAAAGUCCAUGGGGACAAUCAUAAUACAGCUAUAAACCAUGCCAGAAAACCCCAUCACAAGAAAAAAUCUAUAAACAAUAGGCCUAAUGGUCCUUUGUAUGUAACAAAGACGUCAAUUGGUGGAAUCAAAAGUAAGAAAGAUCAUGUGAUUGGUGGGGAUGUUCAUGUUCUACAUGAAAUAGGAAGUGUAGAAAAUGAUGACACUGAUGUAGAAUACUCAGGAUAUUCUAUGAUUAAUGGUGAAUUUUUUCCGACAGAUGAUGAAUCUUUGAUGACAAAACCUAAAGCAGAUUACUGGAAACACACUGAUUUAAAUAGAUUUAUUAAAAUGACUUUGUUUUUACCUCCUGUCAAUAAUGUUUUUGGUAAAGAGCCUAAACAAGAAUUAAAAGUUCAAGUUGGAGUGACCAAAACUGAACCAUUUGCAAGAGAUAGUAGAAAAAGAUUCUACCCAAAGGAUAGAGGGAAAUUUGGAAUAGCAAAUAGAAAAAGAGGGUUCAUUGAUAAUACAAAACAUUCCAAUCAUAAACAUUCCAAAAGUGUAACACCAAAGCAGCAGACGACAGAUGAUAUAAUAUUUUCCUCCGGCGAGGGUCCUGAUUGUUACAGCAGUGACGACGAGGAUGAGUGUUUACCGACAAAUUCCGGUUCCGAUGAUGAUAUCAUUAGACCAACGGUUGUCAUUACACGGUUAUCUACACCUAAACCAGACCCUAGGGAGCAUGGCAAUCAUUCAUGUAAAGACAAAGACUGUGAACCACUGGGAACAGAACUUAUUCCACCAUCUGGCAAGAAUACGACAGUAUAUAACCCACCAGGUCACACUGCCAAUCCUGAUGGAAAAACUACUGAUUUAAGUGAGCCAAGAGCGAAAAAGAGCUCAAAUGACUCUGGACAUUUGAAUAUAUUUUUAAUAGUUGGUAUUGCUUGUGGGGUGUUAGUAGCUUUAAUAAUUUUACUUGUAGCUUUGUAUAAAUUUCGUAGUCGGGAUGAAGGCUCGUACAGAGUAGAUGAAAGUCAAAAUUUUGCCUAUUUAGAAGCUAAAAAACAGCAGGCCAAUGGUGCUGCUACUAAUAAUAUAGGGAACGGAAAAGCUGGAGGAAAGAAAAAAGAUGUAAAAGAGUGGUAUGUAUGAUAUGAGGCCAUUGAUUCAUGUGUGGAUUAGGGUAAAUGUGUGGAUUAUGGUAAUUGAGUGGAUUUGUGUAAAUGCUUCAAAAUUUUGAUAAAUGCUCGACAUUGUUGUAAACAUUUAUUUUUUGAAAACAGAAAAGCUUAGUGUAUUAUUGGAAAAUGUGUUUCCAAAGAUUAUCUUUGUAACAUUGUUAAUUUUGUCUGUAAAUACAUUACAGGACAUGUAAUGAUGACUUUUUCUCCAUUUUCUAGAUCUCUUUCUAAAUAAAUGGUAUCUUAACUAUAUUUUUGUGCUGAAAAAAAUAUAUAGCAGUUUAAGCAUUUGCUUGAUACCCAUGACUGACUUGCCAUCUAUAACUAGGUGAUUAGUGGAAUAUAUCAGAAUAAAUUACAUUUUGGAUAUGUAACAUUAUUAUGUAUGUGUAAUGUUUUUCAUUAUUAAUCUUACAACUACAAAAUAUUUGUUAAACAAUUUUUGUUUGAAUUACUCUUCUACUUUUUUGUCAUUUUAAAGUACUUUUAUAUGGAGAAAUUAACAUGAGUAAUGUUUGUUAUAAAAGGAUGACAGAGUCAAACUGCAUUAAAAGAAAGCCAAAAGUGCUAUACUUACACAUUACUUUACAACAUUUAUUUACAACACCAGUACAGCUAGCAUCAUUUAUAUUUUUGUGUACAUUAACGGUAAAUAACAAGUAUAAACGAAUAUCGAAAAGUGUGUAAGACUUCAUUUCGGUAGGUGGAGAUAAUGAAUAGAAUGGUCAUGCCAAAUUUGUUUUAACAAAAAAUAUAAUUUUAUAUGUUGUGAUUAAAUCAUGCUUUAUUUUAGUCCAUAGAUUAGGCUGUUAUUUAUUACCUCCCUUGGGUAUGAUGAUGUCACUAUGUGAGGUCAUGUGAUACAUGUUUUGUAUGUAUGUCUGCUUCUUUAUUUAAAAUGCAUAGCAUGUUGCUAGGCAACCAGAUUUAAUCAACUCAAUUCUUUAAUAAUCAAAUCAUUAUCAAUGAUAUUAAAGAUAAUGUGUCAUUCCAAACUUUGUCCAUGUUGUUCAGACUAUCCUUAGAAAAUUGUUGGUUUAUAUUCAAGUGAAAAUUUCAAUGAAAUAUCUUUUGAAGCCUGCAGUGUUUGUUCAUGUAGCUAUGACUUUAUCUGCUCUUUUAUACUGUAGAAUAAACACUAACUUGCCAACACACUGACACAAUUUUACAGCAUAUACUCACAAACUAACAGUUUUUCAAGGAUUGCCUCAAUGAAAUGUUUUAUUAUCAUUUUGAAAAGGUCUUCCAAAGAACUCAGUUUGGUUGCCAUGGCAAUAUCGCUCAUUUUGGACCUUUAUAUCUACAUAUAUUGCUAUAUCUGUAGCUUAAUUUUACAUGUUAGAGAUAGUAUACAGUCCCAAGUUGUACAUGUUUAUUUUCUGAAAACAAUCAUUCCAAUACAUUGUAAUAUUGUUUUUUUCUUCUAAAUAGUGUAUGUGCUUUAUGUCUUACAUUUCUCAUUCAUGUACCAAAACGUGAAAUGUUUAUUAUUGAAUAACUGGUAUUUGUAUUUAAUUU